AUGCCCGUUCCCGUCCCUGAGCUUGGUUCUUUCAAUUACGUCGCCGAGACCAAGGAGGAUCUCGAUUGGGCCGACCUUGUAACGCUCGAUCUUAGCACUUACGGAACACCGGAAGGCAACAAGAAGCUCGCCAACGAGCUCAUCGAGGCCGUUCGCCACCACGGCUUCUUCUACGUGAAGAACUUCAACAUCCCCCAAGAGCGCGUCAACCGUCAGUUCUCGCUCGGGAAGCAGUUCUACGAGCUGCCUCUGGAGGAGAAGUUGAAGUAUGUUCCCGAGGGACUUGACAACGGCGCCUUCAACGGCUACGUUCCUGCUGGUCGCCGUAUCCUUGACGCUGCGUCCGGCCUGAAGGACCGCAUCGAAAUCUACAACAUCCCCAAGUUCAACGGCGACUUCAAGCACGAGCACCCUGAGAUCCUCCAGGCGCAUCUCCCCGAGAUCGAAGAAUUCGCCCGCUCGUUGCACAGCGAGGUCCUCGACCCUCUGCAUGUUCUGCUGGCCAUCGCGCUCGAGCUCCCCGAAGACUACUUCACGAACAUCCACAAGUAUGAUGUCAAGAGCGAGGACCACCUCCGGUACAUGAAGUACUCCAAGUACACCCCGGAGGAGAACAAGAAGAUUGGCAGCCAGUGGGUGCAGGGCCACACCGACCUCGGCUCGUGGACGCUGCUGUUCCGCCAGCCCGUCGCCGCGCUCCAGAUCAAGGGCCACGCGACCGGCGAAUGGAAAUGGGUGAAGCCACAGGACGGCACGCUCACCGUGAACGCGUGCGACGCGCUCACGUUCCUCACGGGCGGGUACGUCCGGAGCACGAUCCACCGCGUCGUCUCGCCGCCGAAGGACCAGGAGCACGUCGAUCGCCUCGGCCUGUUGUACUUCUCGAGGCCCCACAACGACGUCCAGCUCACGACGAUCAAGUCCCCCGUGCUCGUGCGCGAGGGCUUCGUCCAAAACGACUUCGAGAAGAGCGGGAACCCGGUCCCCACCAUGGAGGAGUGGACGUUCGCGAAGCAGAAGUGGCAGCGCACGAAGAACAUUGUCCGCGGCGACCCGAAGUACGAGACCGCGCAGAUCCUCCCCGGCUACCAGGAGAAGGUCCACGCGUAG